AUGUAUGAUGGGCCAGGGAGGGAGGAAAUGCCGACCAAGAGGAGCGUGGGCACCCUGGGCGACAAGGACCUCAGCGGGAAGAAGGUGCUCCUCCGCGCCGACCUCAACGUGCCGCUGGACGACGGCCAGAGGAUCGCCGACGACAACCGCAUCCGCGCCUCCGUGCCCACCAUCAAGUUCCUCAUGGGGAAGGACGCCAGGGUCGUCCUGGCCAGCCAUCUGGGCCGUCCAAAAGGGGUCACCCCGAAGUACAGCUUGAAGCCUCUUGUUCCCCGCCUGUCUGAGCUUCUUGGAGUCGAUGUUGUGAUGGCCAAUGACUGCAUCGGUGAGGAAGUUGAGAAAUUAGCUGCUGCUUUACCAGAUGGAGGUGUCCUACUUCUAGAGAAUGUGAGAUUCUACAAGGAGGAAGAGAAGAAUGACCCUGAGUUCGCCAAGAAACUAGCAUCCGUUGCUGAUCUGUAUGUAAAUGAUGCCUUUGGCACUGCACAUAGAGCACAUGCUUCAACAGAGGGAGUUACCAAGUAUUUGAGGCCUGCUGUCGCUGGCUUUCUUAUGCAGAAGGAACUUGACUAUCUUAUUGGAGCAGUUGCCAACCCGAAAAAGCCAUUUGCUGCAAUUGUUGGUGGAUCCAAAGUGUCAACCAAGAUUGGGGUGAUCGAGUCUCUUUUGGCGAAGGUUGACAUCCUCAUCCUUGGUGGCGGUAUGAUUUACACAUUUUACAAGGCACAGGGGCAUGCUGUUGGAAAAUCUCUUGUGGAGGAAGACAAGCUUGAACUGGCAAACUUGCUUAUUGAGAAGGCCAAGUCGAAGGGAGUCUCUCUUUUGCUUCCCACUGAUAUUGUGGUGGCUGAUAAUUUUGCUGCAGAUGCUGAGAGCAAGAUUGUUCCUGCCUCUGCUAUUCCUGAUGGUUGGAUGGGUCUUGACGUCGGCCCGGAUUCUAUCAAGAAAUUCAGUGAAACUUUGGACACUACCAAGACUGUCAUCUGGAAUGGGCCGAUGGGAGUUUUUGAAUUUGAGAAGUUCGCAGCUGGCACUGAUGCGAUCGCGAAGAAGUUGGCUGAUAUCACAGCAAAAGGCGUGACAACCAUCAUCGGCGGUGGCGACUCUGUUGCUGCCGUCGAGAAGAUGCGAGUGGGGGUACUCACCACGUCGUCUCCCGGUCAGUUAGAUUGGGCCGAGGACCCCCAUGGCCGUAUACUCAUGGGCCAGUUCGGACAGGUCAAUUGCGAUGCCGGCAUCUUCGUUGCCAGCUCGACUGGUCACCUUGGCUCAACUGAGGACCGUGCUCCAUCUCUGAUCGUCAUGUUCGGACGAGGGCCUUCAUCAACAUCAACUCCGAUCUCUAUCAAUAUCAUGGAGGAAUCAUCCAUGGAGCUCGGGGGCUCAACGUCAACAUUGCCCUCGGACGACCGUGCUGUUUAA